AUGAGAGAGCCAGGUGAAGACAUCAGCGUUGGCCACAUGUCAACAGAGCUGGCACAAAGAGACAAGCAGCUCAAGUAUCUCUCGGAACAGCUAGCAGAAAAGGACAAGGAAUUGCAAGCACAGGCCAACAAGUUGACAGCCCAGCAAGCCCAAUUGAAGAACCAAUCGUUCGAGCCGGCACAACUUAUGUGGCAUGACAAUCCUGCGGCCCCGCUUGCUACUGAGAAGUUGAAAGAUGAAAUAGAAGACCACAAGGUAUACAAUCGUAAGCUUGCGCAAGCCAACAAAAUUCUGAAGACCCAGAAUGAGACGCUCGAUGCGGAGAAGGAAGAUCUGCAAAACCAAUUGAAGACAAGCAACAAUAAUGAGGACCUUCUGCUUCUGAUAAACAGAUGUAGGGAGCUAAAGGACGAAGCCGAGACUUUGCGAGCUGAAAAUCAACUUCUCACUCGCGCUGCAAACAACGCUAGAUUCGAAGCAGAUGUUCAGGCUGAGGAGGAGAGGAAUAUCGACCAACUGUUUGAGGGAGGAAUUGAGCAAUUCGACAACAACCGAAUCGAAAUGUUGAUGUCUCGCAACAGGGAGCUAAAGGCCGCAAACAGGGGUUUCAAGCUGGAGUUGAAGGCUCGCAGAAGCUCGAUGGGUGCCGCUUUUUCAGGAGACUUGGAGACUGACGAUGAGGAUGAUGACGAGUUGGAAAUGACAGGCGCAACUGGAGGCUCUUCGACGCUACACAGACAGUCACAGUCAUCUGCAACACGCGCGAGGCCAUUGGGUCCAGCACCGCCUAUUCCACGCACACUUCCAGAGGGAGUGGUCCCUGUUCGUGCGCAUCUUCGACACAUGCAUAAGAGGAAGUAG